AUGAUGCCAGAUAACAUCGACAAACCAUUGAGGGCUAUACCUGUAGUGGAGUCUUGUGAUGUUCCCAUUAAUGUUAUCAAGUUUAGCAACUCUGGACAGCAAGUCCUCUUUGGUAUGGGUAAUGGCCAGAUAAGAGUUCAACAGCUGAACAAACUUCGAGAUUUGGCUGAGCUUGGCCCACAUUGGACCUUAAACAUGCAUGACAAUAAUUAUGGAUAUGUAACACUGUUUUUAUUUACCCAUUAUUUCAAUGUUUUAUUGACAGGGACUAUGGUGUUGAGUACUGGAGCAGAUGGGAACUGUUUCCAGUAUUCUUUCAUGUCACAGGCAGAUUUAGACAGACAGGUCAAGGAGAAUAAGGCAAAACUGCCAUCAGCUAAGGUAAGAGUUCUCCUCCUCCUCCUCCUUGAUGCCAAGCAGAAAACAGAGCAUGACAGACGAAUGAAAGAAGCCGAGCGUAAGAAAGCUGAAGUGAAGAAGAAAAUAAAUGCACUGAGAAGGCAGUUUCGGACUAUCAUUGAACGGAAUGAAAACUUACCCAAGCAUUUGCAGCUGAGCAGAAAGGAGUUUGAAAUAGACAAGGAGAUCAAGCAGGAACUACAGCAGCAGAAUGAACAGAAGAAGGAAUUAGUUAGGAAACAACUGGCAUGGGAAUCUGAGAAACUGCAGAUUGCUUUAGAUAAAAUCAAGAAAAGAUUCAAGGAUGAUGUAGAAUGUGAGAGGAUUGUGGUCAAAGCCUUCUUGACGCCACAUGAAGUCUCCAGCUUCCGCUCAUCAAAGCUGUCAGAGGAGUUUCAUCAGCUGAAGGCAGAGCUCGAUAUCAAGAAAACCCAGCAGCAGAUGGUAGAUGAUUCUGGCAGAGAUCCUACACAAGAUUUACUGUCUGAGCAGAGCAAAACUUCAGAAAAAUCUGGCCCAGUUGAGGAUGGUACAGAUGGCGAGGCUGGAUCCAAAAUCUUGACCACACUGAAAGGCAGUAUGGGAGAAAGAAUUAAAAAUGCUCUUCAGAAACUAGAAGACAAGGAAAAGAAAAGGGCUGCUCGUAAAGUUCAGUGGGACGAAUUGUAUGCUAGCAAACCACAUGAUGAUUACGAAGACCCAGAAGAUACUGCUGCUAUCAAAGAGGCUCAAGAAAACAUGGGAGAUUAUAAGCUGAAAACGGCAGCUGACUACGUUGUUCCUGAUCAUCUGAGAAUGAAUGUGGACAAGGCACGAGGGAGACUACUCAUCCUCCAGGAAAUGAUCCACAAAUAUAAGCAGGACUUCAAUAAGAGGUUGCUUGCACUAAGAGACAAGAAAGUCAGACUGAUUGCUGAGAUCCGAGAUAUCAUGAACCAGCUGCAUGACAUUCAGACGAAACUUGACCCAGAGCAUCAUUUACCGAUUCCUGUUAUUCCUGACAUGCAGCCAGAUGAGAUGCCUGAAAAAAUGCUGGAAUUCACCAGAGACAGCCUCAAGAAAUUUAAAGCUGAAUAUGAGCAGAAAAAGAAACAAGCACACUUGCUCGAUGCCGAUGUAAAGAAAUCCAGCAGCGUGAGUACCGCAGUGGACAGUGAAGAUAUUGUUGACUACGUUGAUGAAGAAAAGAAAAUUGAUGAAGAAGAAGCAAUGUCACCAAUAGAAAAAGAUAUCUAUCAUCGUGAACAAAUCAAACAUGCUUUUAACCAGCAACAGUUGAUACAUGACAUCCACCAACUGGUGACCAGAUUUGAUGCGGAACUAAAACUGUUGAGACAUGACAAGUUCACAAUGGAUGUUGUGAUGAAAGAUGGAGACCUGAGACUUGUAACUCUGUUUGAAGAGUUGAUUUUGCUGAAGGAAUAUGGAAAGACUGAAGAUAUACUAGCAGAAAAACUGGUCAGUAAGCAACAAGAGAAGAUGGACAUGCAAGCGAAGAUCAUGGAAGUUCAGAGAAAGAUUGAUCUGAAAAAGAAGGAUAUUGAAAAACUUCAGGAGAAAGAGAAAACUUUGAUGGCAACAUUUACCCAGUCCCUGGGAGAAAACAAGUUCAGUGACUAUCUCAUGAAAGUCUUCAAACACAAGAUCAAGAGAACCAAGAAAAAGAUGGCUGAUGGACAAGACUCCGAUGAGGGUUCUGAAGAUGAGUCCAGCGAUGAUUCUGACUGGGAGGAGAGUGAUGAGGAGUCCGAAUCUGAAGCUGGAGGUUAUGAUCUUGAUAUUUGUCCUCCUGGAUGUGACCAGAAACUGUACGAUGAUACUUGCAUGCUGAGGGAGAAGAGAUUGGACAUUGAGGAAGCCCUGGCUGAUGAGAAGAAGGUUCUAGACCUGCAGAAGAAAGAACUUGACAAUUUGCAAAAGAAGGCCAAGAUAAUUGACACACAACUGAAGACAGCCCAAGAUGACCUCGAGGACUUUCAGCUUGAGAAGCAACGGAAGCUGAACGAACUGAUCAUAGUGGCAACCUUAAAGUUGCACCAGAUUCAGCACAUAGUUAAUGAGGCAUUGCCGCAUGAUCUCAGCUCAGUUUUGGUGUUUGCCUCCAAGGAAAUGGACAGGCUGCAGCUCAGAAUUAAAGAAUUGGAACAUGAGAAGUUGUUGCAGAAGAAACAGAUGAGGGAAUCUCGCAAAAAGCACGUGAAUUUGAUCAAAGAUCGUCGACUGUUUGAGGCCAAGAUCGCAGACAUGGAAGAGACCUGCUCACAGAUGAUGCUGGCCAAAUUUGGGAGGCUGGUUGACUUAGAGAAGAUAGAAGCAGUGACAGUCAACAGAACGAUCGAGGAGCUGAAGGAAAAGCUGAGGAACAUAGAAUCUGACUGUACUGUGGAGCUAAAAAAAAUGGAGGCUGAAAUUGCAAACAAACAGGAUGAGAUCAUUGAGAAAGUUCGGGAUAACACAAAACGACUUCUCCAAAAAGCAGUUUUAUUAACAGAACAAAAUGAGUACACAAAUUCUUUGGACAACAGGCAGAGAAAAGUG